AUGGCCCACAGUCAUACCAAGGCGAAGCUGCAUGCGUUGGGGGUGUUAGCCCUUUUGAUGCUGAUUUUCCUGCUGGCAGGGAGAGCAGGGAUUUUUCUGAGCGAAUCAGGAGUGGCCACGUGGACGCUGAUGUUGCCUGAGGGGAGGAUAGGAGGGAAGGAGGAGGAGGGGAGUGAUGAGGAAGAGGAGGGAAACGGGGCGGCGGGUCCUGCUGCCGUCAAAGGUGGGCGGCAGGGUUUGGAGCUUUCUGAGGAGGAGAAGGCGUUUUGGAUGGAGGUGAUAUUUGAGAGUGCAGCAUGGGCGGCAGUUGCGGGGGAGGAGGAGGGGGACGGGCGCGAGGGGGGGAGUGGGGGAGGGUAUGGGGGGAAGCGGGGAUGGGGGGGAGGAGGCAGAGGGGGUGGGAGAUGGGGAGGGGGAGGGGGGAAGCGGAGGUAUGUGAGUGGUACAGACAGGUUUGGGGCGGAAUGGAAACGGUGGAUUGAGGGGGGAAAGGGGGAGAAGGGGGGAACAGGGGGCAAAGGCGGAAGGGGAGAUGAGGAGACUGAUGGGGUGGGGGGCAUGGGCUUGUCUGGGCGUGUGAUACGGCUGGUAAGGGAGGGCGAGGAGGUUCUGGGACACACGCAGGGGCUGUGCGUGGCUGGAGGGGAGAGGGAGGAUGCGAGGGAGAGGGAGGAUGCGAGGGAGAGGGAGGAUGCGAGGGAGAGGGAGGUUGCGAGGGAGAGGGAGGAUGGGGGGAAGACGGAGAAAGAGGAGGAAAGAGUGCAUGGGGAAGUGGGGAGCGGGAGGGAAGGUGAGUCAGGUGAAUGUGCCCAAGGUGACAGGCAUGAGCGUGCAUGUGGGGACUUGCAGGGCUUCCCGUGCAGCUAUGACAGUGCCGGCUCACAGGGGCAACGAGAUGGGUCGCUUUCUGCCUUCACUGAGCCGUUCGGGGACUCGCAAAAAGACUCACAACAGGACUCGUAUCUGGCCUCAUUCCAUGACUCGCAUCAAGAUUCUCAAAUCCAAGGGGCGGCUUCAGUGCAAGUACCAGACUCUGAAUCAGCUCAAGGGGCAUCGGGGUGGGAGCGAUUGCGAGGGCGUGGGUGUUUCUGCCGGGGGCUGUACCUGCCGCCUGACCUGAAUCGAGAGAUUUGCCGCCAGAUGAACGAGCUGAAGAACAUCUACAAGGGCGGCCUGGGCGACGAGUGGCGGUGGUUCAGCUACUACAAGGCCCUCAGCGUGCUCGAGAAGCUGCCCUUCCGCAUCUGCUCAGCCCAGCAGGUGCAGGGGCUGCCCAGCAUAGGGCCGUCACUGCAGGGCAAGAUUCAGGAGAUUCUGUCAUACGGCAUGAUUAAGAAGCUACGGGCAUAUCAAGCCGACGAAAUGGUCCGCACACUCGCUCUCUUCGGCACUGUCUGGGGUGUGGGCCCCCGCACCGCCCGCCGAUUCUACUCCGCCGGCCACCGCUCGCUGCGCCAGCUGGCAGGCGACCCGGGGCUCACGCCAACUCAGCGAAUCGCGCUGCGGUUCCACGAGGAUAUGAACAAGCGAAUCCCGAGGGACGAGGUGGCUGCGAUGGCAGCUCUGGUGGUGAAAGAAGGCGAGGCGCUGCUUCCAGGGGUGGGUGCAGCCUGGGGUGGGUGCUGCCUGGGGUGGGUGCUGCCUGGGGUGGGUGCUGCCUGGGGUGGGUGCAGCCAGGGGUGGGUGCUGCCUGGGGUGGGUGCUGCCUGA